GGGUAUAAGGGUAUUGUCAAGCUGCUGCUCGAGAAGGGGGCUGAUCCGAAUGCGGCGGGAGAUGGACGGACACUACUAGCCUUAGCCUCUCAGUACGGGCAUGUCGAUAUUGUUAAGCUACUGCUCGAGAAGGGGGCCGAUCCGAAUGCGGCGGCUAAUAGAGACGGAUGGACGCCACUAGUUUAUAGGUAUAUCGAUAUCGUCAAGCUACUGCUCGAGAAGGGGGCCGAUCCGAAUGCGGCUGCUAAAAGAGACGGACGGAUACUACUAUACUGGGCCUCUCAGUACGGGUAUAUCGACGUCGUCAAGCUGCUGUCUGAGAGCGGCUUGGCCUGUUUUCGAGAAGAGGGGCAGAGAUAG